GUCAACACCAGAAAAACAUGGCGGCUCCCGUUAGAGGCAUGGCUGGAUCCAGCAGCAUAGGCAACACAACAAGUUUUCAGAAAAAAACCCGUAGCAAACUAGUUUCUAUACCUGGUACAAGACCGUCUGUGCAGAACGGACAGCUGUUAGUUUCAUCUGGAGUCAGCUCGCUUGACUACGUGAUUGGUGGUGGCCUGGCAGUUGGAACUCUGCUGCUUGUAGAGGAGGACCGCUAUGACAGCUACUCUCGCAUGCUGCUCAAGUACUUCCUGGCGGAGGGAGUUGUGUGCGGACAUGAACUCUUUCUGGCAUCCGCCCGAGAUCACCCUGAUGAGAUCAUGCAGGAACUCCCUUCUCCUAUUGUGGAUGACGUUGCCGGCAUGAAAAUCAGCGAGGGUCAAUCUCAGCCAAGUGACCCAGAGAAUCCAGACACAAUGAAAAUCGCCUGGCGCUACCAAAAUCAACCCAGAGUUCAGACUGCUUUGGCAUCAUCAGUGAGGUUUGGCCAUUACUAUGACGUUUCCAAGACCAUGGAGCCUGAGCUACGACAAGCAGCCAAAUGCCACAGUUUUUACCAGCUACAGGAAACACCAGUAACCACAGAAUCAAGUCCGUUACCAUCACCAUAUCAUGCUCUCCUGAAGUCUAUCCAGACGGUCAUCCGGAAAGAAGGGUUUGAUGGAUCAACACCACAGUCUAAGGUUCGGAAUGUCCUGCGGCUGGGUCUUCAUUCUCUGGGAUCGGUGCUGUGGGGGGAUGAUGUAUGCUGUAAGGAUAACCCCGCCCACUGUCACGCCCUCACCACAUUUCUCUACGCCCUCCGAGGCUUGUUACGCACAUCACUCUCGGUCGCUAUAGUGACCGUACCCUCCCACCUCAUACAGAACAGAGCCGUAAUGGGACGAAUAAUCAGACUGAGUGACACAGCCAUCGCUUUGGAAUCAUUCAGAGGCUCGGAGAAGGAGGCCAACCCACUUUACAAAGACUAUCACGGUCUCCUGCAUGUUCGUCAGUUGCCCCGUCUGAACUGUUUGUCGUGUGAGGUACCCGAUACAAAAGACUUGGCCUUCAAACUCAAGAGAAAGCAGUUUACAAUUGAGAGACUGCAUUUGCCUCCAGACCUGUCAGAGACGGUGAGUCGAGUGAGUAAAACAGAACUGGCAGCAGGAUGUGGCACCACUGCCACGGGCAACAAGCACCUAGAUUUCUAGCGUAUUCCCAUUCCUCCUGCACCGUCCACCCCCUGUGAUGUUCAAGGGCAGGAGAGCGCUGGAGCUGCACUACGCCAGCACUAGGUUACAGUCACACCUGCACUGACACACUUACUCUCGUUAUUAGUGAAUGAGAUUAUGAUGGCACAGCAUUUAAUAACAUGGAGAAGCAUACAAGACAGUGAUAUUCAGGGUCAUAAAAACCUGACACGUACCUGUUGCUGUCUUUGGACAAAACGAGAAUGUGACGCAAAUAACGAUAACGUAGUUUGGCUACCAGUGUCUUUUCAGUGCUCUUUAUGGCUUCCUGAUGUUUAUUAGCUUAGUUAGCUAAUAAAUAUUUGGUGUCAAUAAAGUUUCUACCCAAAAAAUGUAAAAAAUGUCGUGUUUUUAUUUACUCAGAAUAAUUCUCCCCAAAAAUCUCUGCAAAAUCUGAUUCUCAUUACUAUACUAUAAAAAAAAAAUAAUGAUGUACUUAAAAUUGUUUGCAUACAUCAUGAUUUGUUGUUCUGCCUUUAAUUCAUGCUGUAAACAAAUGUCAUUUACAGUUAUGGUAAGUAAGAAAAACUGUUACAUUAAUGAAAAGCUCCUUUGAGAAUAAUGGUAAUUAUUUGGAAUUAUGUCCGCAUACAUGAAAGUAAUUAACAUUUUUAAGAGAAAUAUGCAUAAAUUGUCAUUCGACUUAAUUUUCCUAAAAAUAUAGGCUGCUUUUUCUUGACACAAAUAUAUUUUUCCUUUUGAGUUGAAAUCUGACCUGUUUUCCAAGUUUUUCCACGUUUUUGUAAUUCUCACCAUUAUAUUUUAUUAUAAACUACCAGUCAACAGUUUUUAAAAUUUAAUGUUUUAAGGAAGUCUCUUCUGCUCACCAAGCAUGCAUUUAUUUGAUCCAACGUGCAUUUUUUACUAUUUAAAAUAACUGUUUUCUAUUUAAAUAUAUUUUAAAAUGUAGUUUAUUCUUGUGAUUUCAAAGCUGAAUUUUUAGCAUCAUUACUCCAGUAACAUGAUCCUUUAGAAAUCAUUCUCAUAUUCUGAUUUUCUGCUCAAAAAACAUUUAUCAUUGUUGUUGUUGUUAUAUUGAAAACAGCUGAGUAGAAUUAUUUCAGGUUUCUUUGAUGAGUAGAAAGUUCAGAAGAACAGCAUUUAUCUGAAAUAGAAAUUAUUAAUUAGAAAAUCUUUUGUAACAUUAUAAAUGUCUUUAUCAUCACUUUUGAUCAAUUUAAAGCAUCCUUGCUAAAUAAAUGCUCAUCUUCGUAUUUUUCUGUUCUUCAAAGAAUCCUGAAAAAAAUGUAUUCACCUUUUUAAGUAUUGAUAAUAAUAAUAAUAAAGUGUAAGCAGCAUGUUACAAUGAUUUCUGAAGGAUCUUGUGACACUGAAAACUGAAGCAAUGAUGAAAAUUUUGCUUUGAUUGCAGGAAUAAAUUAAAUUUUGAAUUUAUUUUAAAUAAUAAAAAUAUUUCACAAUAUUACUGCUUUUGCUGUAUUUUGCAUCAAAUAAAUCCAGGCUUGGUGAGCAGAGGAGACUUCUUUAAAAAAAAAAAAAACAUCAAAAUCAAAAAUUAUAUUAUAGUCUCUGUUCUCUAUUUCUUAAACAGGCUCCACAAUAAGAUGCAUUCAUUUGCAAUUUAAUUGUAAUGAGAUCCUUUUGCAUUUAUAAUUUAUAAAUUUCAGCUGACAUGAUCCUGCUUGACUUUGGAGAAAAAUGUAUUUGUAAUG